CCGAGAGCACAGCCCCAUGCAGUGCCCUGGAGCCUCUCACCCACCUCCGCCACCCACCGUGGUCCCCACGGCCACCCCAUGUUCCGUUCGCGCCGUGCUGGGCUGGUGCGGAGGCUGUGGCGGCAGCGCUGUGCAGCAGCCAGCGCCGAGGAUGGCCCCGGUGCCCUCAAACCGGCGGUGCAUGCCCUCUUCAAGAAGCUGAAGGAUGAGGAGCUGGAGCUGCUGGUGCAGGUGGUGGAGAGCCGGGGCGCCUGGGAGUCUGGCUGCGUUUUGGCACCACGGGGGGACCCACGAGGGCUCAAGCAGGGACUCCCCCCUCAAGUCCUGCUCUGUCGCCUCUUCCGCUGGCCUGACCUCCACCAGUCCCAUGAGCUCAAGCACCUCUGCUACUGCCCUGGGGGCCAGGGGGCCUGCGGGGACUUGGCUGUGCUGUGCUGCAACCCCCAUCAUUUCAGCCGCCUGGCUGUACCUGAAACGCCGCCACCCCCCUACUUGAAGGCAUCCUGUGGUCCCUCCUGGCCAGAUGAGCCCCAGCUCAUGGAGUUCAGCUACAACGGUGGGGACUGGUGCGACACCAGUCUCUCAUGGAGCACCAUCAAGGACGGCUGUUGGUGCAAACUGGCUUACUGGGAGUACCGGACGCGCGUGGGCCGCCUCUACGCCGUGCACGAGGCGUCGGUGAACGUCUUCUGCGAGCUGCCGUGGGGCAGCGGCUUCUGCCUGGCCCAGCUGCCCGCUGCCUACCGCAGCUGCGCCGUCCGGCGGGCGCGCGGCAAGAUUGGCCGGGGGCUGCUGCUGAGCCAGGAGCCAGGUGGCGUCUGGGCCUACAACCGCAGCGAGCACCCCAUCUUCGUCAGCUCGCCCACCCUGAGCCCCCCGGGUGCCUGCGGGCUCACUGUGCUCAAGCUGCUGCCUGGCUACUCGGCAAAGGUGUUCGAUUAUGAGUGGGCAGGGGACAGAGGGGGGUGGCAGCUACCUGGGGAGGGACCCUGUGACCCCCACAGUAUCCGCAUCAGCUUUGCCAAGGGCUGGGGACCCUGCUACUCCCGGCAGUUCAUCACCUCCUGCCCAUGCUGGCUCGAGGUCCUGCUGAACCAGCCACGCUGAGGUUGGGGCUGGUGGGGGGGGGGAGUGCCAGGGAGCUCCCCAAAAGCAGGUUCACAAGCUGGGGGGCCCUUCUACUGUUCCUCAGCCUGUGUCUUCCAGGGCUGUGUUGCAGCAGGAUCAUCCUGGCUCUGGGGACUCUCUGCCUCAGUGCUGACUGGAUGCAAUGCCCCCCUUGCGUGGGUCACCACCUUGCCAGCACCUGCUUCCCCCAGCCGUGGGGCUCUCAGUGACACAGGGCACUAUUUAAUAUCUUUUUUUUUUUAAUUAUUAUUAUUUUAAUGUUCAAGUUUAUAUUAAUUUAUCUAUUUUUGUAAAAAAAAAAAAGCAAAGCAUGAGGCAGGAGUCCCCGUUGUCAGGGCCAGGCCUGGGGAGUGGCAGCCAGGGCCGGUGGGGACAGGGGGAGCAGAGAGAAGGGAGUGGGGAGGAGGAGGGAGCUGUGGGCCUAGGUGUCACUGCGGACAAGGAGAACGGGAGUGAACUGGUACGCCUGGGGGGGUGCGGCAGGUGAGCACAGCUGGAGUGUGGGGCAGGUUAGAACAUCUGGAUAGGUGUGAGGCAGGUUAGAGCAUCUGGAUAGGUGU